AUGGGCACGGCCGGAGACUCGGCUCGGCUACUGGACGGCCUCGGCGAUGCCGUUCGCGCGGUGCUCGCGCACAAGAACAGCUUGACUGACGAAGAGUGGCUCGUCGCGCUUGCGCACGUUGAAGCCAUCCGCGGCAGCAGGGCGGCGGCGGGGAUAGAGCUCGAGGACGACACUCCGCAGUGGCUUGUGGAAGCGGCGAUGAAGAUGACGCUGGUGGAGCGGACGGAGGAGGAGUCGCGGCCCGCCCACUCGGGACUGCCGGCUGGCUGGUGUUGCGGCUGGAGCCCGGUGCAUAGACAGCACUACUACUAUAGCGUGGCGCUCAACGUCACGCAGUGGGCUCCUCCACUGCCGCCGACUCCGGAUACGCUCGCCGUCUCUCACGACGCCAUCGAGGCCACCGACGACGGCGGAGCCGCUGAAGCCGCGGUCAGCGCCUGUAGCCCCGCGCGAUUCGCAGCCCCUGCGACAAACGCCAAAGCUUGGGAAGAGCAUGCGAAGCUUGCGGUGUGGGCGGAAGGGGCGGCAGCCCUUUCCAGGCGUCACGCGGAGGAGCGCGGGGCCGCGUUUGCACGAGCCCGGUCCAUCUGGCGUCAGCUGGACCUCGCGCAGCGAGCAGAACUGCAAAGGAAGUGGCUCGGCAUCUCUUCACGCCCUCUAACGAAGGGAAAGAGGGGCAACGGUGAGUGA